AAGUAGAUAGUUUAUUUAUUUUCUGUUACCAAACAAUUGCAUGAAUCCUACGUUUCAAUGGCGGAAACCUUAAGCCCUGAUCCAACCAUGGCCCACAAAAAGAGGGUUCCCAUGUCCGCUCGUAUGCAGUCUCCGACAAGUGCCUUCUUCGUGGGCUCCAACGACGACCAACUAGAACGGGCCCAGGCUCGUGCAGCCCGCGCCGCCGCCAUCCGCCACAACUCCCUUGCCGUCAACUUCCAUUCGCACCCUCCCAAGUCUCCUUCCUGUCUCAACAAGCACCAGAUUCUCGAGUUGUUCCACAACUGCAUAAAGCUCGCUACCGAAAAUAAAAUUAAUCAGAAAAACACGUGGGAGUUGGAUUUGAUCGAUCACCUCACCGAUAUUAUUAGGGUUGAAGAAGGGAAUCACGUGGAGACUAAUUUUCAAAUAGCAAGCUGUACUCUUGAAGCUGGAGUCAGAAUAUAUUCCUUGAGGGUGGAUUCGGUGCACUCGGAUGCAUAUAAAGUCCUGGCUGGAAUGAAUAGAGCAGGCCAAGAUACCCAGGAAGGCGCUGCUUUAGGGAGUGUUAAUGCUGAAAAUGGAGAGGCAAGCAGGAAGGAAGUUGACAAAAAGUUGUCGCAUUGGUCAACAUUGGAAUCAUCUUUUGAGGUUCUUAAUGUAAAGAAGUUUGACGUUGCAUUUGCAGUGGAUCCACUCUAUCACCAUACAUCAGCACAAUUUGAUGAAGGUGGAGCCAAAGGCCUUUUGAUGAAUAAUCUUGGUGUAUAUGGUAAAUGUAGGGUGCUCUUUGAUUCACUAGAAGUGCCGCCAAAGUGCAUAAACAGUCAAAAUGAUCGUGAUAUUUCAGAUACAAUUGAUCUUUCUUUCGCCAGAGAUUGUGUUGAACAGAUGAUAUUGAAUAUGCAUACGAAGGAUGUAAUCUCUCCAACUCUCAGGAUAAUAGUAAACCAAUUUGAUGAAAAUGAUGGAAGGCCUUUUGAUUUUCAAUCUUCUGGCGAGAAAUCAGCUGAAGAGUUUGAUGCCGCUAUUGAUUGUCAACUUGCCAAUGGAAAAGAAGGAUAUGAGAACUUCUCAUCUUGGAGUUAUGAUCACGAUAGCCAAACAUUUGCUGCUGAAUGGGGCUUUGGUGACGCAGACACUAGUUUUCCAAGUUACCAUGAGGAAAAAGAACCUAAUAUGGAUGACAUAUUUGACAAUGUUGAUGGAUAUUUAUUUUUGAGUCUGGGUUUUAGGUCAAAAAAAAAUUCAUGGGCAGGCCCUGAUCAUUGGAAAUAUCAAAAAGUUCAAGGCUCAAAGUCAAAGGUUCGUUGUACUUCCGAGGAUGAGUUGAUGAUCCAGAAAACCAGGCAGCGAAGGACAAAGAGAGAGGUCAAAGUUGAUUUAGAAUUCACUAGUUUUCUGGAGGAAAAAAUAGCUGAUAUAUUUUCUCCUCCCAAGAAUCCGAAAUCAUUACUGGUCUCAGAAAAUAUAUCACCUUGCGUUACAAAACUUCCAGAGGACUGGCACUACGAACCAGAGGAUCUUGUCAAUUUAUUUCUUUUGCCUCAUGUAAAGUGUAUUGGGAGGAGAGCGAGAAAGGUACCAGAUGUCUUAGAAGAACAAUGCUAUAAUAACGAACCAUUCCCUUCCUGGGAUAAUGGAAGUGUUUGUGAUGGUGAUGUCAGUGAUGUAAAUAAUGACACGGAAGACUCUAGCACACUUAUUUCUCUGCCUCGUCAAAUCAAUAAAAUUGAAGUCCAGUAUGACAAAACAUCCAAACAAGUCAAUGUGCAGGCUCUGAAAAAAACACUUUGGGACCAUAUUCAAGAAUGUAUUCAACUUCCGUUUCAGGGUCAGAAAGAAAAGGUAUCUUUCAGGAAUGUAUUGACAAACUUUCCAAGUAAAUGUAACGCUGCUGCAACUAUUAGUGACAUAUCUCCACAUUUGUGUUUCAUAUGCCUAUUACAUUUGGCUAAUGAGAAGGGGUUGAGCAUCCAAAGUUGCCCCAACUUGGAUGAUCUUAGUAUAUGCCUACUUGAUGAUGGUGCCACUAACACCAGAACAAUUUAGAUACUGCUUAAUUCAACUAUAGCUUCACUUCAGGAGAAAGGAAAUAUGUUGACUAGUUUA